CCGGGCCAGCGGCAGCCGAGGGCCGCGCGGCCGGGGGCUCGGGGACUCGCUGCGCGUGCAGAGCGCGGGCCCUGCGGGGAUGGGGGCUGCCCUCGGGGCUUGAGCUCGCCCGCCCACUCGCCGCCCCGCCCCGGCCGCUCUGUCCCUACCCGCCUCCUGCUUCCCGGGGGCCGUGGGGCAUUAGCCGACGAGGAAGCAUGCUGGUCGUCGGCUGCGCGCUGCUGACCGUUCUGCUCGCCGCGCCGGGGACGGCGCUGACCCCAGACCGCUGUCCCGCGCCGGAGUUGGCGAGUGACGUGCUGAGCAGCCUGCCGGGGGCCACCGUUACCCUGACCUGCCCAGGUGGGGAUCAGGAAGACAAUGCCACCAUUCACUGGGUGUACAGGAAUCAGGUCGCAGACUCACAUGGGGACAGACUGGCUGGCGAGGGAAGGGGGCUGCUUCUGAGGUCAGUGCAGCUCCACGACUCUGGAAACUAUUCGUGCUACCAGGACGGCCGCCCGGCUGGGAGUGUGCAUCUGCUGGUGGACGCCCCUCUUGAGGAGCCCCAGUUCUCCUGCUCCCGGAAGAGCCCCAUCGUCAAUGUUCUUUGUGAGUGGAGCCCUCAGAGCCCCCCCUCGCCGAGCACCAGGGCUGUGCUACUGUUGAGGAAGUUUCCCUUGGAAGAAUUCCAGAGGCCAUGCAAGUAUUCUCCAGAGACCCAGAAGUUCUCUUGCCAGUUGGUGGUCCCAGAGGGAGACAACUCUUUCUACAUAGUGUCUCUGUGUGUCACCAACAGUGUUGGGAGCAAGCUCAGCAAAGCCCAAACAUUUGAGGGGUACACAGUCUUGCAGCCCGACCCACCUGUCAACAUCACAGUCACUGCUGUGGACCGGAAGCCCCGCUGGCUCAAUGUCACCUGGGAAUACCCCCCCUCCUGGAACUCAUAUUUCUAUAGGCUGCGGUUUGAGCUCCGGUACCGCGCUGAACGAUCAAAGACAUUCACAGUGUGGAUGGCCAAGGACUUCCAGAAUUACGGGGUCAUCAACGAUGCCUGGAGGGGCAUGAGGCACGUGGUGCAGAUUCGGGCCCAGGAGGAGUUUGGGCAUGGCGACUGGAGCGAGUGGAGCCAGGAGGCCAUGGGCACCCCUUGGAUAGAAUCCAGAACUUCUCCAGCUGAGACCACCGUGUCCCUCUCCACCCAGGCACCUACUACUACUGAAGAUGAUGAAAAUACUCUCCCUAAAGAUUCUGCAAAUGCAACAAGCUUCCCAGUGCAAGAUUCCUCUUCGGCAGCGCUGCCCACUUACCUGGUGGUCGGCGGGAGCCUGGCCUUCGGCACGCUGCUCUGCAUCGGCAUCAUCCUGAGGUUCAAGAAGACGUGGAAGCUGCAGGCUCUGAGAGAAGGCAAGACGAGCACGCACCCGCCGUAUUCUCUGGGACAGCUGGUCCCUGAGAGGCCCAAGCCCACCCCAGUGCUGGUUCCCCUCAUCUCCCCGCCAGUGUCCCCCAGCAGCCUUGGGUCUGACAACAUCUCGAGGCACAGCCGGCCAGAUGCCAGGGGCCCUCAGAGCCCUUAUGACAUCAGCAAUAGGGACUACUUCUUCCCCAGAUAGUUGGCUGGGUAUGCUCGGCAGGUUGGGGGGUCAGGCCUGCUGAACCGUGUGGACAACGCAGCAUGAACUGGCUUAGCAAAAGACGCUUUCACUGCCGUUCCAGUUCGUCUCAGGUGUGUGGGGCCUCCGGCUUCACAUCCCAGAAGGGCCUCACAGAAGGUUCUAUGCUGGGUGAAAAUAGAUUUGCUGCCGCUGUUCAGAAGGAAGAGGUGGUUGAGUGUUUGAGCCGCCCUCACCCAAAUGUUCCGCUUAAGGGGAUCAGCGUGCACUCAGGCCCCCAUGGAAAGAGCAGUGCCAAGGCCCCACUGGACACCCAGGUGGGCAGAGUCGGGCAGUUGCGGAGGCCUGGGACCCACCGGGCUUGGUGUGGACAAACUGCUGGCUGCUUGCAUGCCCCUUCCCCGCGACCUGCACCCGCAAGCAGGAGGCCUGAUUUCCAGUCAAAGACUCCCCUGGUUGCCCAUCUCCUGGCCCACUGCACAGUUUCAUCUUCUAGCUCAAAUUCUUGAAACCCAAGUGCCUUUAUAAUUCAGUUUUUCUAGGCCUGAGGACAACCUUCCUUAAACCACCGAGGCUGGGGGAGGCUCUCACCUGUCUGUACCUGAAAAACUGCUGAGGAGGAUGGAUAGUAUCUCAGGGCCUGAUGGUUUGACAUGGAAUUGUAAUUAGUUCCUCAUUAGCAUUUUGCUGAAUGCAUAUGAUAAUCCUUGGCACUUGCUGAAUUCAGAAGCAACCUACUGCUCAGUUUCCCACUUUGGAUCCCAGGACUUCCGCAGGAGGGAAGCAGAAGAGGCUCUUCAUAUUCCCUGUAGAAAAUCAAUGUUCCCUGUCCCCUGCCCCUGUCCCCCCAAAAGAAGGGGCGGCUUCUACCAUUGGUUUGAUCAAAACUGUUUCACUCCAGCUUUGUUUUGUUUCCAACUGAGCCCGAGUAACCAGGGACGAUGAGAUGCUUAAUGGGAAAACAUAAAAAGAACCAAGCAAGAGUGUCUUUUAAUUCACUUUUCAAAAAAAUUGCUAUUUUCUCUUGAAAGGGUUGGAAGACCCAGUAUUAGCUGAGUGUCAGUAUAUAAAUAACUUGGGGCAAAGCACAGUCAUUUUUUUAGCACAAAAUGGAGCCACGUGAAAAAGGAGGAGAAAAAAUAUUUUCCCCUAGUAGAGAAGAGACUGGUUUCAUUCUAAAUUUUGUUUUUGUCUUAAAAAGUGAAAUAACAGACUGCCUCAUCUCUAAAUCAGGGGAAAAGCAGAUGGUUAACUACUCCCCCAGGCGGCGGUGAAGGAAAUGGUAUCCAGCUCCCACCUGGCCGUAUUGCUGGGAAGCAAGCCGCCUUCGGUUCCCAAGCAGGGUCUGUUGAAAAUCCCCACUGGAGGAAGCCAGGAGCCCACGGUUAACAGAGGGAGGUUUAUUGAAAAAAAGAAAAUCCCUUACCUUGGUUCUUCGGUCUUUUUAUUUAGUUCCUUGAAUUUGAUUCAGUUCCACUAGAAUCGAAGCACCCACUCGGUGUCUAACCAGGACAUGCCACUAAAUCACUUGAGCUCACUUUUCAGUCCAGGCUUUGAAUAUUCAGUGAUGUUAGUGGUUAUCCAAACUAGUACCCUCAAGUAUCAUAGGGCGUCCUGGAAUGAAGUUAUGAUUAGAAUCGGACAUGUAACCACAACUACAAAUGUACCAGACCACAAAAUUUUUCUAGUAGCCUAACUACCCUUUUCAAAAAACAACCACCAGCAACGGACAGGUGGCAGGAGGAUGAAAAUGACCUGUUUUAUUUACCAUUCGCCAGGUUCAGACAGUUACUAUCUUGGGCGCAGAGGGGUUUUCAUUGCUGACUUUGUAAAUUUCAGCUCCUGUUGCUGCUUUAGGCAGCUAAUUAUAAAUUGACAUAAGUGAGGCAGGUGGGUUUUUUCCUUUAUAAAGUUUCUCUGAGGACAGCAAAAAUGAGACUCUGUAGAUGAGAAAGGGUGAUUCCGUGACCACAGUUCUUUGACCCUUUACAAGGGUUUACGCACAUCACCAAAGCCAGGCAGAGCCCUGCUAAUGGAAGAUGUGAAAUCCAGAUAGCUCGUUAUUGCCGAGAGCUAGGCAGCUUUGAUCUCCAAAUUGUUAUUGCUUUCAUUAUUAUUGUAACGGAACUGCUUUUUUUUGGAUACUGAAUAGGGUAUUUUUUCCCCCUUUUUUUUUUUAAAAGCUAGUGGAAAUGAAGGAAAAAUAUUCGUCUUCUCUGGGUUAUAGGCCUAGCUUAGGACACUGUAAGCUUUCUCUGUCCUUGAAUUGAUGAUGGUCAGUGAACAUGUGUUUCAACCCACAGGCCAUUCUUACCUGUGUUUCUGCAGCCAGCACACGUGUGCUUUUAUCCUCAACAGUGGUGGACUCUCUGCCACACAGCCAGAUGUAAAAUGUAAAACAAACGACAAUAGCAAUUUUUUAAAUUGAAGUAUCGUUGAUAAACAAUCUUAUAUUGGUUUCAAAUAGGCAACACAGUGAGUGGUUCAACAGUUGUCCAUAUUAAAUCCUCACCCCCCUAGUGCGGUUACUACCUGUCAGCAUAGGAAAAUGUUGCAGAAUCAUUGACUAUAUUCUCCACGCUGUACUAUUGUUCCUGUGACCAACUUAUAUUAUGAUUGAGAAUUUUUGUGUCCCUUUAUCCCCCUCCCCUCCCCCAUCUAGCCCAACCCCUCCCCCAUGGCAACCAUCAGUCACUUUUCAGCAUCUGUGAAUCUACUGCUGUUCAUUCUGUUUUGCUUUGUUCUUAUAUCCCACGAAUAAGUGAAAUCAUUUGGUAUGUCUUUCUCUGCCUGGCUUAUUUCACUUAGUAUAAUACCCUCUAGGUCCAUCCAUGUUGGGGGCAACAGCAAUUUGUAUUAAAUAUGACAACUUAUCCUGCUGGGUGGGAAAAGUUGAAAAAUAUGCUGGUUCAAGGUCUAAAGUGGUCAUUAAUUCUUGUAGCAUUAAUGAAAAAAAUUUUUUUUGUUAAUGUCAAGGAGGUAUCAUGGAAUGUGCCUACAAAGCCUUUGGUAACUGAGAGCUCUUUACGCUGAUGGAGCUUUGGCCCUUGCGGUUGUUUGCCAGGCUCUGGGCUCCACGGAGUCCCCACUGCCACUUCCCUCCUGUCCCAAGGGAAGGAAACACCUUUACGAGGUGCGGCAUCUUCUGCGGGAGCAAGGUUGGGGGCGCACCUGGGGUGAACAGAGCCCAGUGGGGCAUGCUGGGAGGGGGAGUGGUUUGUGGGGUUCCUGCAGAGCGUUCAGGAAUGCCUCACCUGGGCGCCUUGGUGCUGAGCUAUAUCGCCAGCAAAUAUAUUUGCCAUCAUCAGAGCUCCUUAAGGUUGACCCAUCUGGGGAGGAGGCUGACAUCCAGCUCCAGGUGGAGUUGGUGAGAGAUUUAUCCCAACUUGGAGAAGCAGGAACAACUGGUGGUCCUUCAGAGCAUGAGCACGAACGCCGGCUUUCCCCUGCGGCAGUUGGAGGCAGGGUGGAUACUGGAAGGAACGCCAGCUGGCUCAGGUUCUGUGCUGGCGUUCCCUAAAGGUCCUUCCAUCGUCAUGUCCUCCAUGUGGCCUGGCGCCAGUGCCAGCAAGUUUCUAUGACAACCUUAAUGAUUAUUAAGGACCAGUGUCAGUUUUAUGAACAUACGCUCAAAAGGUCUGCUGUAGAAGGAAAGGAUUGGAACAGCAUGUAGGAAGGCUGUUAAUUAAUAAAACCGUGUUUGGACGGAGCUCACACAUCUAUUAAAUAGAAUACCUCAACUUCAUGUUGUUGUUUUUCGGAGAGAAAUAAUAGUUUCUAAGUUUAGUUUUUAUUUUUUUACCUAAUUACCUGAAAGUAAAUACCAAAGGCUGAUGUCGUUUGCAUAUGAGGCAAAGAGUCAGUAUGUUUUUCAAUGUCUUUUCUUUUCAUCAGCUAUUUUGCAUUUAAAGUGAAAAUUGUAAAUGUGUGAAAUAAAUAAUUUCUGAAAAUAUG